AUGUCAAUGAGUUGGUUUAAAUUUGUACGAUGUGCCGGUUGGGAUCUUAAUACAUGUCCUGGUCGUCAAUUAAAGGUUCAAUACGAUGAAAUGAAAACAGCUAAUUGUAUGAAUUGUGACAAAUUUUUUCAUUGUCAAGGAAACUAUAAUGCUGUUCAUGUUUGUGGAAAAACAACUAUCAAUAUACGUAUUGCAAAAAAAAUUAGCGAUUGUCGUGAAGCAGCUCAAGAUGCUAGUUCAGUCGAUAGUCAAGAAGAUCAAAAAGCGAAUAAAUUUGGACGAGAGGGAGGUUCAACGUAA